UUUUCCCGCACGGCUCGGCCCGGACACACAGGCACUCACUCACUCACACACACGCACAGCGAGGACACGGAAUGGAGACGGAAGGGAGCCAGAGCAGCCUGUCCACCACGGACUCCCCUCACGACCCCUGCAAAAUGUUCAUAGGUGGACUCAGCUGGCAAACAACACAAGAGGGUCUGAAGGAGUACUUCUGCAAGUACGGCGAGGUGAAGGAGUGUAUGGUGAUGCGAGAUCCGGUUACUAAGCGCUCGAGAGGGUUCGGAUUCGUCACCUUUGUUGAUCAGGCCGGCGUGGAUAAAGUUUUGGCCCAAACCAGGCACGAGUUGGACUCCAAAACAAUCGAUCCAAAGGUUGCGUUCCCUCGCAGAGCUCAGCCCAAGUUGGUGACUCGAACCAAGAAGAUCUUUGUGGGAGGCCUGUCAGUAAACACAACUAUCGAGGACGUCAAGCAGUACUUUGACCAGUUUGGAAAGGUCGACGAUGCCAUGCUCAUGUUCGACAAGACCACCAACAGACACAGAGGAUUUGGCUUUGUGACGUUUGAGAACGAGGAUGUGGUGGAAAAAGUCUGCGAGAUCCACUUCCACGAAAUCAACAACAAAAUGGUGGAGUGUAAGAAAGCUCAGCCCAAGGAGGUGAUGUCCCCCACGGGCUCGGCCAGGGGGCGCUCUCGGGUGAUGCCCUAUGGGAUGGACGCCUUCAUGCUGGGCAUUGGUAUGCUGGGUUAUCCAGGCUUCCAGACAGCCACCUACACCAGCCGGAGCUACGCUGGCAUCACUCCUGGAUACACCUACCAGUUCCCGGAGUUCCACUUAGAGAGGACUCCCCUUCUGACUUCACCCCACCCCCCUGAGCUCACAGCCAUUCCUCUUACAGCAUAUGGACCAAUGGCAGCAGCGGCGGCAGCAGCAGCAGUAGUCAGAGGCUCUACCCCAUCUCGCUCAGCUGGAUUUUUAGGUACGAGCAGCCCGGGGCCGAUGGCAGACCUGUAUGGAACAGCCAGUCAGGAGUCGGCUGUCAGCAGUUACCUCAGCGCUGCGAGCCCCGCCCCAAGCACUGGAUUCAGCCAUAGUUUGGGGGGCCCCUUGAUCGCCACGGCCUUCACUAACGGAUAUCACUGAGAGUUGCAGAGCUGUAGACUUAGAGCUGGAAGGAGUUGAAGCUGCUUUGGAGCUGAUCUGGCCUGUCUCUGUCCAGUCCACCUUGUGUCAGCCUGAACUCGGCCGACCCUACUGACGCCUCACUAAACUCCACCUCCUGAGAAAAAAAAAGAAGAAGAAAAAGUUUGUAAAAGGAGCGAAAAUGUUUAUCACUACAUGUAAUAGCAACACUUGCAGAUGCUGAAUUUUUAGUGUUUUUUUUUUUGUUGUUGUUGUUAUGUUUCACCUUGCUGUUUUUUUUGUGAUGGCUGCAUUGUUUCUUUAUCUGUUUUGGCUGUGUUUUAUUGGGUUAUUUGAACUUUGACCCUGAUCUCUCUGAGAUAUGAGGAGUUAAAUCUCCAGGUGAAGCCUGUUUGAAGGUCAAGAGCUGUAAUUUGUACUGGAAUACUGUAUAUUUGUCUAGUUGUCUAUACUAGUUCAUACUGAAUUUAACAAAACAUUUGUGAUUAAUACUAUUUCUUGAGAAUGUGUCACAAAGUGUAUAUCUUGGUAGGUUUUUAACGAAGACUUGUUAUACUAAUAAUGGUCAGGCGACAAAGGUCAUUAGUCACAGUUACAUAAUAUGCCUACAUGAGCUGUACAAUUUGUAAAAUAUUGUAAAUAUGACUCUGGU